AUCGGCGACAUCCUCCACCAGAUCAUGACCAUCACCGACCAGAGCUUGGACGAGGCGCAAGCAAAGAAACAUGCUCUGAACUGUCACAGAAUGAAACCGGCGCUCUUCAGCGUCUUGUGUGAGAUCAAAGAGAAAACAGGCAUGUAAUGAAUUCACAACACACGUGAUGAACCUUCUCCGAGAACAGAGUAGAACGCGUCCCAUUUCCCCGAAAGAGAUCGAAAGGAUGGUGGGCAUCAUCCACAGGAAGUUUAGCUCCAUCCAAAUGCAGCUCAAGCAGAGCACGUGUGAAGCAGUCAUGAUUUUAAGAUCAAGGUUCCUUGAUGCCAGACGGAAAAGGCGUAACUUCAGUAAACAGGCUACAGAAAUCUUGAAUGAAUAUUUUUACUCACACCUCAGCAACCCCUACCCCAGUGAAGAAGCCAAAGAGGAGCUGGCCAAGAAAUGCAGCAUCACAGUAUCACAGGUAUCCAACUGGUUUGGCAACAAACGAAUCAGGUACAAGAAGAACAUCGGCAAAUUUCAAGAGGAGGCCAAUCUCUAUGCUGCAAAAACAGCCGUGACAGCCGCACACGCAGUGGCCGCAGCCGUGCAGAACAACCAGACCAACUCACCCACCACGCCAAACUCUGGUUCUUCUGGUUCUUUUAACCUCCCAAAUUCUGGGGACAUGUUCAUGAACAUGCAGAGUCUGAAUGGGGAUUCUUACCAAGGGUCCCAAGUCGGAGCCAAUGUGCAGUCACAGGUGGAUACCCUCCGUCAUGUUAUCAAUCAGACGGGAGGCUACAGUGACGGCCUUGGAGCAAACUCACUGUACAGUCCGCAUAACUUAAACGCUAAUGGAGGCUGGCAGGACGCAACAACUCCAUCUUCUGUGACUUCUCCUACGGAAGGCCCGGGCAGCGUGCACUCGGAUACCUCUAACUAAUCCUGGCCUCUCCCAGCUGUCAUGCCUUGACAAGCGCAUUCGGAGCAAUAGGAGGAGGAGGGAAGCGUUUUGUAACCCACCACCUACAGCUUUACUGUAAACCCUGUCUUCUUAGAGAACUCGGGAAACCUGUUUUUUAAGGAAUCAUAACCAUUUGUAUUUAAACUUAAGACACACGUUUAAAGGAAAGCACUUUAUCCGAUUAGGCCGAGACGUAACAUUGUUGACAGUUCUUAACUGUCUCAUCCUAAUUUAUUAUUACAUUUUACAGUAAUGGUUCCACAGUUGCCAGUUCCUUGGCCUUAAGGGUAAGAAGUACCAUCUAUGCUAGACCCCAAUUAUAGAGCAGGCAAGGUUCACCCUGCCUACGCUGAGCCCUGGCGGAUUUCCAUGCAGGCUCUCAUCGUUCUCACGUCACGGAUGGGCUUGGAGGGAAGGCGAUGUCUGCCUGUCUUCUUAAGGAAGGCAUUUCAGAACUUCCCUCGCCAUGUUUGUGUUGCCAUCUCUUAUGUUGUAAUUAGGUCAAAGACUGGUGGCCUCCUUUCUCCCUCUGAAGUACCAGAGCCCGGAGUCUGCGCUAAUGAGACCAUGGAUCCAGAUUGCCCUGAGAUGAAGAUCUUGCUGCUACAGAGGUGAAAACAAGACCUGUCUGGGGUUUGACCGUGUGCGCUGGGUGCUGCACAGACUUGUCAAGGUGUGCUCUUCCUCUGGGCAGCCUGGAAAGGCCCUGCUCUCUGGAGUGCUGUAUAUAGUGUAGCAAAAGAGUAUUUAUACAUCCCACCAAUCAAAACACAGCUUUAUUACCUCAUGCGAACUCAUACAAACCAAUAGAAUCCCAACAUGUUCUGUAGCUUAGAGCGCUCACUUACUACCUCUGAACAAUACUCACGCUGUAGUUCGUCUCUUUCUUAUCUUUUUGCAUCUUGUAAUUAACUCUUUGUUUCCCUUCACAAAAUGUAAUGUACAUUGUAAUCUUUUAAAAGAAAACUCAGGGUUGCAUUUGCAACCCUUAAAAAGCCCAGAUCGGCAACAUUGGGUCUGACUCCUAACACGGACCAUCCCAGCUGUUGUAAAUACUGAGACGCGUGUUGAAUGUUCUUCAUCUUGUUACUAAUCCAUAUGAAGAAAAAGGAAAAAAGAAAAAAAAAAAGGCGGGUUCUUGUGAUGCGUUCAGAUUCAGUACUCAGCACUGUACAUUUCACCCUGUGUGGCGGGCCCUCUCCUCCUCUUUUUGUAUUGUAUGCGAUUCUGAAACUGACUGGGUCGUGACAAUAAUUCGUGGCGGUGAUUCUGAUGUAUUAAAAGCGUUCCGUGUUCCUUUCUACUGGCUCACACCCUGGAUUGAAAAGUCUUCCUUGUGGUAGUUAUAUGUAGUUUCAAACAUGAAUAAACUUUGCUUUCCUGAUUAAACCUA